AUGCUAACUGAAGAUAUUAACAAAGGGGCCUUGGGUAUCAGCGCCUCCACCUCUGAGAAACGUUCCUCGAGGGUCCCCAGGCAAGGCCAGCAAGGGAGCAGGGCUGGAACCGCCAGAAGCAGCUGCGAGCAGACGCGGCUGCAGGUGUGUGUGUUUCUCGGACGCAGCGAGCGGAGGGAACCGCUCCGGUCCGCGGCGGGCGCCUGCGGGGCCCGGGCCUCCGCGGGCCAGUCGUCGGGGCAGAGCCUGGAAGCGACCCGCGAGCACCUCUUCAAGGUGCUGGUCAUCGGCGAGCUGGGCGUGGGCAAGACCAGCAUCAUCAAGCGCUACGUCCACCAGCUCUUCUCCCAGCACUACCGGGCCACCAUCGGGGUGGACUUCGCCCUCAAGGUCCUCAACUGGGACCGCAGGACGCUGGUGCGCCUGCAGCUAUGGGACAUCGCGGGACAGGAACGCUUUGGCAACAUGACCCGUGUCUACUACAAAGAAGCUGUCGGUGCUUUUAUUGUCUUUGAUCUAUCAAGAGGUUCCACAUUUGAGGCAGUCUUGAAGUGGAAAAAUGAUCUAGAUAGUAAAGUCCAUCUUCCAAAUGGCAACCCUAUUCCUGCUGUCCUCCUAGCAAACAAGUGUGACCAGAAGAAGGACAGUGGCCAGACUCCUCCUCAGAUGGACCAGUUUUGCAAAGAACAUGGCUUCACUGGAUGGUUUGAAACCUCUGCAAAGGAUAACAUAAACAUAGAUGAAGCAGCCCGGUUCCUAGUGGAGAAUAUUCUUGAAAACCAACAAAGCUUUCCGAAUGAAGAAAAUGAUGCGGACAAAAUUAAACUGGACCAGGAGACCUUGAGAGCAGAGAGCAAAUCUCAGUGCUGCUGACACGACAUCGGCGUGACCCGGGCAGAACGCAGCCCUGCAGUCCAGAGCGAACGCCUGGGAGCAGGUCGCAGGGCGGGGUUCCUGCCCUGUGAGUCCCCCAGCUGCUGGCACCCCGGACUUGGGGGAGGGCAUCCUGCCAGAGGCCCUCCACCUUCACACAUGAGCACUUUUGUACUCAUGGCCCCUGGAUUCAGGAUAACGUUUACAUCCUUUGAAACAUCUUUUAACAUGACCAUUCCUCAGGAUCUGGUCAGCACCCAAGUUGUAGCCCUUAGCAUGACGCAGGGGUGGUAAUAAAUGUUUACUCCCAUCUGACAGUAACUGGAUGAGUUUGUGUUUUCGUCGCCAUGGUCCAUCCUCACUUUCAAAGGGGGUUUUGACUCUGAGUCACAGAAGUCCCUGUCUGUCACAUUCCGGAGAGCCACAUCUUCCCCUUCAAAGCUCUGGGGAUUCAUGUAAAAUUGUUACCCCUGAAACAACUAGUCCUGGCUGGUUAUUCAUCUCAGACGCAUUAAAAUGCCCUUCCUUAUCACUCCAGAACGCCCUCAUCUGCCUCCUAUUCUGGGCCUGGGACCAGAAGAAUCAAUAUAAACAUAGUUCCUUCCUUUUCUUUCUCCAGCCUCUUCCUCUCCUUCCUAGUGUUUGUGUAUAACUGCAGGCCUGAGCAAUAUCAUAGUUGCAGUUCUAAGCGGAGCUGGAUUCUUCAACUCUAUAAUAGAAAGGUGACAGUUGAGGAGAGAAUUAAUUUCUAAGUAUAAACUUUGUUUUUAUUUUCUUUGUUGUUAAAAAAAAAAAAAAAAACAUGGUCACAUGUGGAUUUAUAUCAAGUUUGCACAUUUAAGAUAACAUAAUAUACAAAAAAUUUAAGGCAGGAUCACAACAUGCGUUGCCAUUUAACCCAGGAGGUAAUGUGGGUAUACUUCUCCACCUUAGAACACUUUUGCCUUUUCUUUUUAAAGAACAUAAUUAUAUGUGUAAAUUCCAACUUAUUUCUGUCAAAGGAAUCUUACUGGCCUUUGUGACAAUCUCAUGUUAAUAUUAAAUGAGGUAUUGACCAAAUUUUGUCUAAUCCAUUAAUUGUGAUUGUGCACUUGGAUGGGAAAGAUUCAAGCAUUUAUUGAGAUCAGAAAAUAAAAACUAACAUAGAAUUUCAUUUUUUCUAACAGGUGUAUUCUGGGAAAAAACACUGGUAGUUGUCUUGCCCCAUAAAUGU